AUGAGAGAUAUCACAAGGCCGUUCGUCCGCUCCGCAGCGAGAAGCAACGCGCGAGGGUCGAGCUCAAGCGAACAACCUGUGAUCGACAGCGAGCGGCAGCUCUCCGGAAAGGUCGUCGAUGAGGACGUGAGGAGUGCACUGGAGCGGUCUGGGUACAUGACGCCCGAACAGAUGAUCAUGAUCGACGCGGUCCUCACGCUGCCGCCAAAGACCCCAGAGGCGGAACUGCAACGACGGAUCACCGCCAUCCACACUGUCAGUGCAUACUGCGGUGCUGAGGAGGGGCCUCUCUGCCGUCGACGUGGUCGUGGCCCCAGCCCCAAGCCGACCACCGUGAAACCAAUGGCCGUCAAGGUGGAAGUGAUGGCCCAGCCACCAUCCAGCACGCUCCUUGAGUCGGCCGUUCGAGCGGUCCGGACGGAACGGCGACCCAAAAUAUGCUUUCUCUGUUUGCAGAACACCAAACUCUCACUGGCAGACCGAGUCUAUUCAUUCCAUGAACCGGGGGACCUGACCAAACAUUUUCAGAGGCGGCAUCUGAAGAAGUUCCAGCCGAUGGAUUGCGAUAUCUGCAACGUGAGGCUGAAAACCCUGAAAGAUCUUCUGCUCCAUGCGGAAACUGCACACGGAACCGUUACACGUUCGCCCAAGUACAGGAUGCUCGCCCAAUCUGGUGAACUCAGUGGCGCGACUGGCUGCCUGCCACCGAGCUCCCAACCAUCUUGGUUUGCGCCUGGCAACCAGUGCAAGCAGGCCAAUCAUCAAGGUGAAAGUUUCGUGUGUGCCUGGAAGCCCCCGCUCGUCUCACAGAUCAUUCACAAUUCCUCACAUCCCAAUCUGCCUUUCCGUUUCCCUUUUGCAUUUGAGCCAUCAGAAAUACCUCUCUUUGUCACGGACAUGGGACAGCACAGCGUGAACUCGCGUGACUGCUUCCCCGGCCCUGGCCUUGCAUCUGGAGUGACCUCCUUGGAGCAUGAGCCAUUCCUAGCUUCGUAA